CCUUCCCCCCAACACACGCGCUAAUUUAACAUUAGUUCCUCUUUCGUGUUCGCGUUUUACGUUCCACCUUUUAGAUCGUACGUUUUAGCCAUGUUUUCCUAUUUAUUUAUUUUAAUUUUACAGUGAGUACGUUUAUAUUUUAAUACGUGACACUUAGUUCAGAUGUCGAAAAAUGACUAACAUUUGGCCAAAAUGAACGGAAGCUACCGUUAGCAAGCAAAGCCACUGAUGAUGCUGGAUUGGAGUUAGCAUAUAAAGUACAAAAACACGAAACACAGGUGUGACAGUGGAGAUGAUGGAACAGCACAGAUGUGCAACAUGUGGGCAGAGUUUCUCAGAUGGUGGCCUGUCUGCGUCUCACAGCUGCUCAGACCGCCUACAUCAGGCCCCCACUUGUCGGCCACGAAGGGGAAAAAGUUCCAGCCAAGUCUGCACAUCAUCAGAACCGGAACAUGGCAAAGAAGAAGCGCAGCAACAAGUGAACAAUGUGGAAAAAGUGAGAAAGACGGCGAAAAAAGACACACGUUCAGCCAUGAACGCCACACUAUUGCCGACCAAAGAAUACCUUGCAGAGGGGGCCGAGCACAUUUACCGUACCCACACUUGCCCCAAGUGUCGACGCUGUUUCAAGAUGCGUUCCCAUCUGCAAGAGCAUCUCCAUCUCCAUUCUCCUGACCCCAGUCUGCAGUGCCCCACCUGCAAGCGGUUCUUCACAAGCAGGAGCAAACUGCGCGUACACCGACUCCGUGAGGAGGGCGAAAAAGUGCACCAUUGCCACCUGUGUGAAUAUUCCGCCGUGGAGCGCAACGCGGUCCACCGCCACCUCAUCACAAAGCACGCGGACGAGGCAGAAGAUGAGAAGAUUCGCCACAGCUACCCCUGUCCUGCAUGUGGUCAAAGCUUCAACCAGAGCAGGUUGCUGAAGGCUCACAUGAAGACUCACAACGUCAAACCCGACUGCGACGCGGCGAUGUCUUGCUUCCAAGAGGGUUGUUCCUUCCAGACGCCUCUGCGCAAGGUUCUCGUCCAACACGCCGCGGAGGCGCAUGAGAUCGAGGCGGUGGAAUGUCGACAUUACGCCUGUGCCGCCAUCUUUCCAGGUGACCAGGAAAUGGAGGCUCAUUACAGGACCCACCUGGCCUACCACUGCUCUCAGUGCGAGUUCUCGUCCUCCAACAAGAGCGCCUUCCUCCAGCAUCAGCGCCACGGCCAUCCAGGAAGUGAGAAACUUUGUUGUGACUUUUGCACCUUUUUCACAUUCAACCCCGUGGAAUUUGAGCAGCACGUCGGACACUUACAUGCCAACGAGAAGAUCCAUCACUGCCCUCAGUGCAGCUAUGUGACCUCACACAAGAGAGGCUUGAGGCGACACAUGCUUAUGCACAGUGGUGAGAAGCCCUUCAAGUGCAGCCUCUGUGACUUCCGAUGCCGAGAUGUCUCCUACCUCUCAAAACAUUUGCUCACACACUCGGACGACAAGAACUUCAUGUGUGCAGAGUGUGGAUACGUCACCAAAUGGAAACACUACUUAAACGUCCAUAUGAGGAAACAUGCAGGAGAGCUCAGGUAUGAGUGUGAUCAGUGUCCAUAUCGCUGUCACCGCAUGGACCAGCUCAACAGCCACAAACUACGACAUCAAGCCAAAUCACUGAUGUGUGAGAUCUGUGCCUACGCCUGCAAGCGCAAAUAUGAGCUCCGGAAUCACAUGCUGGCAAAACAUUCUGCAAUGGGCAAACAAGCAUCUGUAUAUAAGUGCAAAUACUGCACAUACACCACAUGUUUUCGACAAGCCCUUCAAAAUCACGAGAAUUGUAAACACACCAGGCUGAAACAGUACUGCUGUGCUCUCUGUCCUUAUUCCUCCUUCAGUAGCAUCAGCCUCUUCUUACACAAGAGGAAAGCCCAUGGAUACGUACCCGGGGACCAAACCUGGCUGAAGAAUUAUGCAGCAAAAGAAAGGGAAAGGAAUUCAUCUAGCAUGUCACAAGAUUUCCACAAUGAGUCACUAACAGGCAAUGAGAGAUCUGAGCAGUGUACUGAAGAAGCUCCAGCGGAUUACGUUGCCAGUGAAGGUCCUGAAGCUAAUUCACAAGGUGUUGAAUCACUGGAUGCUGAUGAAGUUGGCCGUAAAGAGGUUUUCAAUGAAGGGAUAUCGGAUAGCCUGCCACCUAGCACCAGCCCUGAGUACUGCACUCUUGUUUUGACAGCAUUAACGGCUGAAUAUGAAACUGCUUUUUUGCAAAAGGAGGACGCAACCGCUCACAUGACAUCCCCUUUACACUGCAGUAAAUCAGCCCUAGAAAAAGAAGACAUCCUUUUAUCUGCACACUCAUCAGAGGCAGACAAGCUUCCCAGGGUUAAUGAAGAAGGCAAACAAAGUCUAGCUGCUGACGAUUAUGAGUCAGAGCAGGAAACUCUAGAAUUGGAUAAUGAUUGUGGCAGUUCAGAAUCUUCCCAUGUGAAGCCCCCCUUGUUAGAGUCUUGUUUGAAAUCCACGAGGACACGAAAUAAGGACCAAUCAGAAGCUAUGGUUUUGGAGGGAAGAGUCCAGAUGCUUGUGGUGCCGACUAAAGAUGGUUGUGACAAAUUGUCUUAUAUUACAAAAAAGAAGAAGACUCUAAAGCAGCACUCUCCGUUGCUGUGUUGUGAUAGAACACCACAUCACGAGUGCCAGGCAUGUGGUGCCCAGUUCAAACAGAGGCGGGGCCUUAAUAGCCACAUUGCCAGGAAAUGCGCUGCAAUUCCCAAAAAAAACACAACUUUCAUUGGCAAAGCGGUCGCACAAACAGAAGACCACUGUGCUGUGGGUCCAGACAUGUCCAAAAAGCGGGGAGCGACACAUUCCCAUGACAAAGUCCUCACAAACCAAAACAGGAUUUCCUCAGAAGUAAAUGAGGAAUGCCUUCUUCGACAAAAACAGGAUGGAUCUUCAUGUAAUUUAACAGGUUCUGAAAGCGCCUCUACGUCCACUGAGUCAAAUCCUCAGCAGAGCAACAAACUGACAAAAAAGCCGUCAAAGGCUCAACAAGAAGACAUUCCAGUCCAGAGUGGAAAAUUCAUGUGCAGCCUGUGCAGUUUUUCAUCAGUCAGGCUUGCAACAGUGAACAGACACAUUUCCAUUUGCCAAAAGCGGUUACGAAAAAAAGAAACUGAGACAAUCUCAGUUGAGAAAGACCAUAAAAGUGAGGCCCAACGUGUUGCACCUCACACAUGCCAAUACUGUCCUUUCACCACCAGGAGGCGCUAUCGCCUGGAAGAACAUGAGUCUCUUCACACUGGAAUCGGACGCCACGCCUGCGACGUCUGCGACAAAACCUUCGGAGCGUUGACCAAACUGCGUCAACACAAGUUGCGCAUCCACGACAAACAACCCUCUCAGACGUGUCCGCUCUGUGACUACAGCGGCUACACACUUGACGACAUGAGAAGACACACCCUCAGAUGCCACACAGGAGAAAUGCAUCAUACCUGCACUCACUGUGAAGCUCGCUUCAGUUCAGAAGUUGCUCUGAGAAACCACUGUAAACGUGUUCACCAGCUCCUUGUGCUUUUCUCAUGCAACCAGUGUGACUACACUUGUAGCAACGAGACCGCACUGAGGACCCACCAGCAGGGCAAACACCCACAAAUGAACGGCACCACCUGCAAGGAGUCUUUGGAGACAAAAAAGAGCAUCAAGGUCCCGCGCAGAAUCCACCUCACACAUCAGUGCCAGCUCUGCCCUUUUGCGAGUAAAACGAGGCAGCUCCUCGCCCGACACCUUCUGGACGAGCACGAGGAGGGGUCUCCGCUGGAUAAGCCUCUCAGGUGCAGCAACUGUCCGUUCGCUUGUCAGCAUCCGCUGGUGUUGGAGCAGCAUCUCCGCUCCCAUGGAGGCAAGCGCAUGUACAAAUGCAGCGACUGUAAGUAUUCAACUGGCAACAAGCAGAAGAUGACGUGGCACGUUCGGAUACACACCGGAGAGAAGCCUUACAGGUGUGAGCAUUGUAGUUACGCCUGCAUUGAUCCCUCAAGGUUGAAGCUGCAUAUGAGGGUUCAUCAAGAGGAGAAGAAGUACCUUUGCCCAGAGUGUGGAUACAAAUGCAAGUGGGCCACUCAACUGAAAUACCACAUGACCAAGCACACAGGUGAGAAGCCAUAUGCCUGCGAUCAAUGCAAUUACCGCACCAACCGAGCAGAUGCCCUCCGUACACACCGGGACACGCAGCACUGCGAUGUGCGCUCCUACGUCUGCGAGAAAUGCGGCAAAGCCUUCAAGACGAGUUUUAUCCUGAAGACUCACCAGCGGCAGCACAGUGACCAACGGCCGUACACCUGCGGCUCGUGCCACAAGGCCUUCCGCUGGCCCGCCGGCCUCAGGCAUCACUUCCUCUCGCACACCAAACAGCAGCCGUUUCACUGUAGCCAUUGUUCCUACAGAGCCAAGCAAAAGUUCCAAGUCAUCAAGCAUUUACGGCGCCACCACCCAGACAUGCCGGUGGAGCAGGGCGUGGUCCGAGACUCCGAGGCUGGCAGCCUCACCCUGAAGGAGGCUUUGCGAGGAACUCUGAAUGACAGUGUAGUCGCGGAGGCAGAAAUGACAAAAACAUAACACAAAGGGACAAGACAAAACAUUGAGGAGUGGAUGCUAAACUGAAGACCAUCACAGUAUCUUAAAGGCGACCUUCGAUGAAUAACGUCUUUUCUGACAUAUAAAUGCUGUCACAGUGUUGGAUACUGUUGGAAACGCAAAAAAAGGUGAAGUAUUAUUUUUAUCUAAUCAUGGCAUGUGCAUAAUAACGUACAAGUGCGACAUGACAUAAAUGCUGCUAAAAACAGCUUUUUUUAUGCACUCUGAAUCGAUCGGUGAGUGUGCAGGUGUACCUAAAGGUGUGACUGGGUAAAUCUAUAUAAUGUUUAUGAAGUUUAUUUUCAACCGUGUUUAGAAAGAAAAUAGCGGUGAUGACUUCCAUCCCUUUUAUACCGCUUGUCCCUAUUACAGAUAGACAGACAAGCCUUGAUCAAGAUAUAUAUAUACACACAUAUAUAUAUAUAUAUCAUACUUGCCAACCUUGAGACCACCGAAUUCGGGAUAUUUGGGGGGGGGGUAUAUUUAUAGCUAGAA